AUGGGGAGAGGAAAGAUAGUGAUUCGAAGGAUUGAUAACGCAACUAGCCGGCAAGUGACAUUCUCUAAAAGAAGGAAUGGGCUGUUAAAGAAGGCCAAGGAGUUGGCCAUUCUAUGCGAUGCAGAAGUUGGACUCAUCGUCUUCUCUAGCACCGGGAAGCUCCACGAAUUUGCUAGCUCAAGCAUGAGAAAUGUGAUUGACCGCUACAACAAAGUGAAGGAGGAACACCAUCAACUGAUGAAUCCUACUUCAGAAGCCAAGUUUUGGCAAGGAGAAGCGGUUCAGUUGAGACAACAACUUCAAUAUUUGCAACAAAGCCACAGGCAGCUGUUGGGAGAAGAACUUACAGGUUUGAAUGCCAAUGAUCUGCAGAAGCUGGAAACUAAACUCGAAAUGAGUCUUAAAGGUGUCCGGAUAAAAAAGGAAAAAGUUUUAUCCGAUGAAAUAAGUGAAUUACAGCACAAGGGGAGUCUUGUUAGUGAAGAUAACGUUGAAUUACACAGGAAAGUCAGCCAUUUGGUUCAAGAAAACACAGACCUGAAGAAGAAGCUUUAUGGAUCAACACACAAGCAUCGUGAUAAUGAUGGGUUGAAUGCACCCAUAAGUCUCCAGCUAAGUCAGCCACAACCACAGAAGAACUACUUACCGCCAGAAACCAUGACACUCGGGUUACAGUUGAACUCGAAAGCAAGCUAGCAAGCGGCUAGUGGAUAUCAGAGGAUCCUCAUAUCAAAUAAUUGCGAAGAACCUAUUACAUCAUGACUUGAUCAUAGAUGUAUUUGAUAUUGUAAAAGAAUCAACUCUGUACCAGUUAUACAGUAAUGUUGUAUUGAUUGAAAAUGUAAAGUUAUAAUAAUCAGAGUAUAGGAAGAGGUGUGAU